AUGGGUUUGUUUGACAAAAACAAGGGCCAACAAUCGCCACACGACCCUAGAACACCGGCGGACGUGAUCUCAUUCGGUGCACAACCGAGAAUUCUCAUAUGCUUGAAGAAAUUCAAGGCUUGGCCGGGACUCUUGGCACUGCCGGCAGGGGUUAAUGACUGCAUUCCAAGAGCCACCAUCUCUUUCAGGCCCGUCCUCGAACAACUGGAUGACAUGGCUCAAGCAGCCGAACUUGCCAUAGGCCUCAAUCGCACGGAGUUGGGUUCUUCGAAUGGGAGCUUCGGGGCAACAUUGCCCAACGCGCGAUUGAGUAUAGAAGCCACGCUCAUUUUUUUUUAUCGACCAAUCUAG